CUCGUGGUCCUCAGCCUCUGGCGUAGCGCGAGGGCGGUGACGUAGAAGUCCCCGCGCCACCUAGCGCUCUGCCGCAGUUAGGCGCUUGGGACUCCAAUAUGGCCGAGCAACGGCCUCCCGCAGAGUCGGCUGACCCUGUGUGCAACUUUCUCUUCAAAAAGCCCAGGCGGAAAGGGGCUGCAGGCAGCCGAAAGCGCCCAGUCUGCGACUUGGAGCCCGGAGAAAGCAGCGGCAGUGGUGAUGAAGACAGCAUUGUGGUUCGACCCGAGAAGAAGCGGACGACCCACAAUCCGAUGAUCCAGAAGACCUGUGGCAGCGGGAAACGGAAGGCGGUUUAUGGUUGUCUGAGCAGCGAGGAAGAAGAGGAGAGUGAGAGUUUGGGCGUGGUUUACAAGUCCACCCGCUCAGCGAAACCUGUGGGGCCAGAGGAUAUGGGGGCCACAGCGGUCUAUGAGCUGGACACUGAGAAGGAGCAAGACGCACAAGCCAUCUUUGAGCGCAGCCAGAAAAUCCAGGAAGAGCUGAGGGGCAAGGAGGAUGACAAAAUCUAUCGGGGAAUCAAUAAUUACCAGAAAUACAUGAAACCCAAGGAUACGUCUAUGGGCAAUGCCUCUUCCGGGAUGGUGAGGAAGGGACCCAUCCGAGCACCUGAGCAUCUACGGGCCACCGUGCGCUGGGAUUACCAGCCCGACAUCUGUAAGGACUAUAAAGAGACUGGCUUCUGUGGGUUCGGAGACAGCUGCAAAUUCCUCCAUGACCGUUCAGAUUACAAGCACGGAUGGCAGAUCGAACGUGAGCUUGAUGAGGGUCGCUAUGGUGUUUGUGAGGACGAAAACUACGAAGUGGGAAGUGAUGAUGAGGAAAUACCGUUCAAGUGUUUUAUCUGUCGCCAGACCUUUAAAAACCCAGUUGUUACCAAGUGCAAGCAUUAUUUCUGCGAGAGCUGUGCACUGCAGCAUUUCCGCACCACCUCCCGCUGCUACGUCUGUGACCAGCAGACAAACGGUGUCUUCAAUCCUGCUAAAGAGUUGAUUGCUAAAAUGGAGAAGCAUCAAGCUACUUCCGAGGGUGGAGCUUCUGAUAUCCCAGAAGACCCUGAAAGGGUCUAAUUUCCAUUAUUUGGGUUUUCCAUAAUUGUUAGAUCUCAAAAUAAAUAUUUUGUUUUGCUUUUGGUAAUCUUAAAAACAAAAUCACAAUUGAAGGAAUGUCACGUUCUCUAGAAGGAAUACUAUUUGUUUUAUAUAAAGGUGUUGCAGAUUGAAUCAAUAUAUUUAAAUUUUCAAGAACUGUCAAAAUAGCCACCCCAUGUGCAAGUACACAUUCUCAGAAUGAAUUGAAAACUACUCAAUGCUCUUGUGAGCUUUGAUGUCAUUUUUCUUUUUUAAGAAACAAUGUUGCCACCUAAUGGAGAAGUAGAUUGAAGACCUUUCAAAGUGGGUUAUUGAUUUAAAAUUCAAAGGCAAAAGUUAAUGGUUUAUAGAAAAAAGAUGGUUUUGUAGAAUCCGAAAUGAAGAAGAUAUGAGACCCAUGAGUUUUAAAUUUGGAGAUGUGAAUUAAGGCAGGAAAUUUUGCUGUGUAUAUACACAAUAUAGAGUUCGUUGUACAACUUUAAAAAAGACUUAGAAAGUAUUUUUUUUAAUUUUAUUGAGUUUGUUGGUACUUUUUAAGUAUACAGUA